CAACAACACUACCAUAUGCAAUGCAUCGCCUGGCAAGAGUUAAGCUGCAAAGCAGUCUAUGGCAGACAAAGCUGAGAUGCAAGCUCGGUGGCCUGCCGUCGAUAGCUGUAGGCUCAGUGCGGACAAAGGGGUGGAAGCCUUUCCACUCCAUGUACCGGGCAAAUCGUUUGCGCGAGAUCAGGCAGAAAGAAGCUGAAGCUGCGCAGGUUGCAGCUGCUGAAGCUGAAGCAGCUGCCGAUGCCAGGACUUUGGCAAGGAAAGCAAAUGAACCACGUGUUGGUACAACCCCUUUCCAGGCAGCCCGCCUCAUGCGGGCCUUCGAUGUGCUGCCUGAACGAGAAGCAUUGGUCACGUUUUCGACAAGGCUUAACGUCGACUUGACAAGAGAGAGUGUUCGAGGCACAUGUUACUUGCCUCAUGGUUUGAGCACUAAGAUCCGGGUCUUGGCUUUUUGCCCUGACGACCAGAUCCAGGAGAUGAUGGAAGCAGGAGCAGAUGUGGCAGGUAUUACGGAGCCUUUGAGAAGAAUCAACCAAGGUUGGAUGGGCUUUGAUCGUUGCCUGGCUACGCCCAGCAUUAUGCCUCAAGUCAUGAAAGUGGCCAAGGUCUUAGGUCCAAGGAAGAUGAUGCCAAAUCCCAAAAGUGGGACUGUGGUGCCCAACCUGAAGACUGCAAUCAAGGAGGCCAAAAGUGGAAGCCUCUUAGAGUACAGAGCAGAAGGAGAAGGAGAUUUGAAGGCCACAAUUGGUAGUGCAGAGUUUUCGGAUGCGAAGAUCCUAGAGAAUCUUAAAUUCCUUGUUCAGACUUUGCUGAGAGCCAGGCCACGUUCUAGCACCGCAGGUGAGGACUCAGCACGCACUCCGCCUGGAGCACCUGGCAAACCGCUCAUCGGAAAGAGUCAAGGUUCUUCCCCUGAAGUGAAGGAUAUGUACUUCCGAGAAGCUUAUGUGCGAUUGGGAAGCAACGGGCCGCCAAUUCGUAUUGAUCCUGAGUCAAUGAUGCCAUCUUCAGUUGGAUAUUUUAGAUAGCAUUGGUGUGGAAGGUUUUGGCAGAAUGACGUGUUGCACGUGCAUUGGUUUGAAAUGUGUUUGCCUUGCGGAACUUGUAUGACCAUCCUGUUAACCUCUACUGCCAGAAAGCUUGACAUGUACAUAAAUCGAUGAGAUGUGAGUGGCAAAAUACCUUGCACCACAAACGAUCACAGUGGUGAACAUCGCUUCAUUU